GUCUUUUUCCUCCUUCAACUCUCUGUUUAAAGAGCCAGUAUAUUUCUUGCGCGUUAUCUUGUAUGAUUAUUCCGCGAGCAGAAUAUAAUUGAUGGCACCAUAGUCGGAGUUGAGCUGGUUUCCUUGAGCUGGUUUUCUCUACUCGAUGCGUUUGGAGAUCAUGACGAGCUUCGAACCAAGCUGACCCUGAGCAUUAUACGCGACCGCCGAUCCGAAUGUAUCAUUCCGCGUGUCUGUUUGGAUAAUCAGUAUAAAUUAUUUACCCGGUGAUAUGGAUGACGCCUACGCGACUGCAAAAUGGGCAAAUCGAAUGUUGCGCCCGCUGACUUCUCUUCACCAUCGUCUGGGGAAAUAUCGCGAAUUGCAGUCUACAGAUACAGCUCAGCAACAGCCUACCCGAGUUAUCCAUAAAGGAAUAACAUCUCACACGUCGACCAAGAAGAUAUCUCGCGAUAGAGAGGACCACGACUCAGAUCGUGGUGACAAAGAUCCCUCGUGGAUUCCGGGCGAAUCGGACAAGCGGCGCGUGAAACACAAGUAUGUCGUACGAGGUGAACGACUGGGGAGGCGGGCUCGGAUAAGACCGAUGUUGCGUAGCCCCGAGACUGUCAAAACUUUACCAGGGGCAAUUGAAAUCGCAACUCCAUUGAUCACAGGAAAAUCGAGCCACACGACCGAAUUAUACCAUGAGAGUAGGGCAGUAGAUGGUCGAAAUCGCGAAAAUUCAUCGGAGGUUGAUAUUCAGUCAUCGAGGGGUAUAUAUUCAUAUAAGGGACGAGGGCGAAAAUCAUCUGCGUUUCCACAACAAGAUAGUCAGUGGAGGGCCUCGCUAGAUUCAGCAAAUGAUGCAAAUUAUGUCGACAUUGUUCAACGCCUUGAUGUUUUAUUUCUCAAGUUUUUGGAAAAGACAACCCUUCUCGACUGUCGAAAUACACAGAGUAUUGGUAACUCUAGGUCACUCUUAUCGACGGUUAUGCGACGUUUACCACAGUUUAUUGCCAAUGAACAGGAAUUACAGGAUGAGCUCGACGACGAGGAUGACGUCGACAUGGCGGAUGCAUAUUUUACAGAGUUAGAGUCAGCCUAUGGCUCAAUGACUAGAGGAUGGCAGCCUUUGCGUGAAGCAGUCCGCUCGCAAGGCAUUUACUUGGUUUAUAAUAUGGUGCAGAAGCAUUGGAUAACUUCAUUCACAGCAUCAACAUUGAUCAAUAAGUGUAUUGACGCAGGGCAGAACGAUGCAGUUGAAUCAUUACUCGCUGCUCAGCUGAGUCAUCUGAGCAAUUAUAAUUAUCCCGAUUCUUUUGAUCCUUGGCGAUCUGCUGGGUCCGUUCGCGAUCCAAUUCGGCUACUGCAUAAAUAUUGGACGCGCUCCAAAAACGGUUCCUACAUAUUCAGACAGCUAGAAAAAUUAUUACAUCGAGGAGUUCUUCCUACAGAAUGGAUGGUUACGAUGCCUUGGAAAGGCUGUGUGGUCUCUGCGACCAAGUCUGUGUCUAGCGGAGACUACCAGUACGCAGCGGCAAGCAAACUUAUCGAAGCAGUAUUGAAAUCAGCAUCCAAAGUAAAUUGGACUCUGGAUGUCGUGGAAAGUGCCCAGAAUUUGCCAAAUUUGCAUGCAGACUUAGCGAUUACUCGCAAUCUUUCGACUUCCCACGUCGAUGGGUCAGGAACUGAACUGUGGCGGUGCCCUGUAUACAUUAAUGACGCUCUAAAUAACUUGGUCUCCAGUUUGAUUGUUGCACUAUGCAGUAUGUGCUUCGUCCGUAUGGACCAAGCUACGAGCUCAAAUGACGAUUCCUAUAUGAGAGUGGUGAAUACAUUGACGGGUUUGGCUGUGUUGACGGAACGUGAGCUUUGGUUCGGGCGAUUUGGUGACAAAGAUCAGCUACCGGAGGCUGAGUCCCUCCGGAGAGGCUACAUCCUUUUGGGGUUUUGUCUACUAAGAUGUAAACAAGAUCCUCUGUUACUUAACUACGAUGGAACAGAAGGGAUUUUGAAGGAAACCUGUGAGCCUUUCUUUGGACUGCUAGAUAACAGCCCUGAAAUCAUCAAGGAACUAUCGGCGAUGAUUGGCCAGGUCAUCCGUUGCUGUGAACGUGGCGAGCGAGCCCAAUGUCGACAAGCACAGAAGUUGUGUACGCAGCUACUAGGAUUCGAGAAGUUUGGAAAGAACAAGCUGAGCUUGUUCUUGGGCAAAGUUGCUGUAGAAGUCGCCUUGGACUUUGCACAAUACGGCCAGGAUGCUGAAGACCAUGCCUGUGCAGCCGACAUACAAGAAAAGGUCGGAGCUCUCCGACAACGUCUGAAUACUGGUGGGAAGGUGAAUCACGCCGGAGGCCACAAUGUUGCUCAUAUCCCAUCGUUUAGAUGGGAGGAAGGCAUUGGGGAAUGGGUUGCCAAGACUCCCUUGGCCAGGUUCAAAGGGUCGGUGUCUCGAAUUAUGCCGCAACCCAUCGUAGAGAUUGGCCGACGCAGCUCACUGUCCAGUGGCAGCGGAGUGUCGGACCCAGUCUCUCCUGGUAUUAACUUGAGCAUAGCCUCAAAAACAAAGUCGCUAAACGUGAAACGGCCUCGGGCUGACGACGACCAGAGCCGUCGCAGCAGACGACCCCGAAAGAUUUACAAAAAGACUAGACAGUCUGCAAGAAUAUCAAUACAGCCGAAUGAGGCGCCACUUAUUGAUGGCACUAAAGAAUACAACUCAACACACGACAAUGUUGAUAAGUUUUCAAGUGAUGAGAGUGGCGGAGAAUCUGAUCAAUUUGGUAAUCGAUCAUCCAGUGAAUCGCCAGCCCAAACAAAAAGAGUAGAUUAUGACGCGGACAGCGACGCACGACAUGAAACUAUGCAAAAGGGAAGAGACUUCGAAAUAGUUAUUUACAACCAUUAUCCGCCUACUCCAACGUUUUCCCCAGUCCCAACAUCACAGCGUCGCGGCCCUGGUCGGCCUCGUAAGCAACUGUCUCAGCCAUCGUCCAUGCCAGCGAUUGUUGGGCACCGAAAUUUGGCGCGACGUUCUCUCAUCAUACCUUGCUCAGAUGGCGAGGAUAGUGACGACGAACUGAGCUUUCUAAGCUAGCGACUUGUCGGCCUACCAUGUGGAGAAGACCGACUUUAUUGUCUCCGUUGUUCCUUUCUUUCCUAUUUGAUGGGCUACUGUUGCCUGGUUAGCUUUGUUUUUAAUACCCGAUCUUUUUUAAUUUUAAUUUUCUUGUUGUUUCUUUAUUCCUCUUUUUGGCUGUGAUUCUGGAUUGUGGCGUCAUAUGAUAGAUACCCAGGGAAAUUGGUUGAUGAAUUUGCAUGUAGUGCAUGGGUUGUGGCUGAAUAUACUAUAUAGAGGGUCGUUUAGGGCUAUCCAAGGUCGCAUGAAGCGAAAUAAUAUCUCGUAU